CUGAACUAUCAUCUUCUCUCUCUCUCUCUCUGUAAAACCUUCCUCCAGCUCUAGAGAGAGAAGCAAGCACAAAAAUCGUUUCUACUCCCUCUCUCCCCCACUCUCAACUCUCCCAUAAGGAUUUCGAUUCAAAUUUGGCUUGUUGAGUGUGUGACCCGAACUGGAAACACUGAACUGCAUAAUGGCUAGGGUUAAUAGGGGACCUCCUCUAAAAGGGUAUGUGAGUAACUCAAGGAGGAGGAAGACUGUACUAGAGGUAGACCUCAACGUGCCACCUAGUGAGAACCGGGAUCAGGAAGGAACUUCAGCUCAUGCCAACUUUCUAGUUGUGGAGCCAUCUGCACCAAUUGACGUCGAGGCUUUUGAUGACGAUGUUGUAAUAUCAUCCCCCAGGGCUUUUGCACAAGCUAAAUACAAUUCUAGAAGACGUCGUGGAAGAACUGUUGUAGUUGAUGUAGAUUCAGAAGAAAGAACCUCUGGGGUUGCUCCCAAUGGUCGCAACAAACGGAGGAGAGUUCAAUCAAAUCUUAUCAAUAGUGAUCUUUACGUUAACCUAGAGGUUGCUAGCGGUUCCAUGAGAGAGAAUGUGCAGAGCGUGAAACCAGUACCACCACCACCACCGCCGCCACCAAAGGAACCAAUAUUCAAAUGUCCAAUAUGCAUGGGCCCAUUCGUUGAGGAGAUGUCAACGAAGUGUGGUCAUGUAUUCUGUAAGGCAUGCAUUAAGGCUGCAAUAGGUGCUCAGGGUAAAUGCCCUACCUGUCGGAGAAAAGUCACAAUCAAAGAUACCAUUAGGAUCUAUCUUCCUGCAUCUGAUUGAAAAAGGGAGGUGUAUACAGACUGCUUUGCGGCAUUGUGAGGGAAUUGUAAUAGUGGUUGGAGAUUCAUCGAACCCUCCGAGUAUUUAUCUUUUGUAUUACAAUUUGAUACUUUAACCUGAAUUCCUAUUGCCAUUGGGUUUUCAUCCAAAACCCGAAGACUGUGACAUUAGUUUUUUGAGAUUGCUGUUGUUCCUGUUACCUAUACAGCCAAUGCAAGGCAGAGCUGUUUAGCUUAGUUAACUACAA